AUGAACGGCCCAAAGUCGAUAAGCUUAUCCGGAGAAUUAACAACGGGAAGCUAUUGCAGCAACAGCGACAGUGACAGCAGUCAUCAGUCGAGUGGAGGUGGUGGUACGCGACGUGUGCAAGGCAAUCAAACUGGUAUGGAUGAAAGGCAAAGCGUGGACCAGUCCAGUGUUCGAGGGUCAUCGCAAUCAUCCUCGUGUGAAUCCGAGGCUUCCUCGAAUGAGGCAGAAGUUCUUUUCCCGUUUGUCUGCCAAAGUCGUUUCGUGAACGAGUUUGAAGAGCUGUCAGCAAUUGGCAAGGGUGGCUUUGGUCAAGUUACACUCGCCGAGAAACGCUUGGAUGAACGAAGGUAUGCGAUCAAACGGGUUGGUCUUAACUUGAUGAACCAGACAUCCAAGACUUUGCAGAAGUUUUUACGUGAAGUAAAGAUUCUUGCGCUGUUGGACCACCCUAACAUUGUUCGGUACUAUCAAGCAUGGCUGGAAAAGGUUGAGGAAAGCACAAAUGGAACGUCGGUUGCAUCGUCGGUUGUCUCCGACACGAGCUCAGUCGAUGGACUCGCUGCUGGGGCAAAUUACUCAACAAAUAAUCUUCUCGCACCGAUCUCAGAGCUUGAGUUUCCAGGAGACCAACGCGACCUCGAGAGCUUCUACAGCGACGGAAGCGUGAUCAGUGACAAUGCCGAUGAUGGUGGGUUUGUCUGGGAACGUGAGACGUCUAGUAUGGAAGGUGAGGAUGGCUGGAAAGAAGAAGAUCUGGUCGUGCAAAACAAGCCACGCAUAAGCCACCUGCCUCCCCUGUGUGUCUUCGUCUUGCGCACCGGCUGCUCAUGGUAG